AUGUCUUCCAUCAACUCCCACACUCAGACCAAGCAGCAGCAACAGCAGCAGGCUGGUACCCGCAACAUGGCAACCGCUUCCCGAAGCACGGCGUCCACCUCCAAACUUCGCAUGGGAAACGGUGCGGUCGACCAAGGCGGUUGCCGCUCCGAGCCACCGCGCUCCAAACCGUCCUUCCCAGCUCCGUCCACCAUAUUUCCCUCGGAUUCAGUCAGUGUACGGGACGCCCCCAGUGCUGCCAAGGAGAAGAGCCGCCCUGGAAAUGGUCACAACAUCAAUGGUACCUGGAAUGGCAAGCCUGCGCCGAAGAACCUGAAGAUUCCACGGGAUUUCGCCGAGACCACGGCGCCCUCUUCAGUUAAGGCGUCGUCUGCGAUGGGAAACCCACCCCCACAGUCAUCGUCCAGACCGAUUCCGCCGAGCAACGCUGGAGGAAAACCGCAAUCCUCGCAUUGGGCACCAUCGGUGGUCACCAGUGAGAACCCGCCUUCUUCCUACCAGGCAACCCCGACAGGAACUUCCCAGCGGCCGGCAUCGUCUUCACGUUCGGCGGCAUCUGGUGGCAACACGGCAAACCAGCCGGCCUCCUCCAUGUCCAGUCAGCGCGGAAGCGCACGCGGCGGAACAGCGGCCUCCACAGCAAGGGUCCCGAGCCAGCAGCCGGUUGGAGCGCCACGAACGGCGGCCAACUAUCCAGCUCCUGCGCCGAUGGAUGGAACAUGGGCGGGAUCCUCGGGACAAAGCUCUGCUCGGGGACGCUCGGUUGCGGCGCCGCAGCAGCCAGGUGGUGUGAGCAUUGGCAUCCCACCCACCGGCGAAUUUCAUUUCCACUUCAACCAGGUAGACAACCGGAAGGUGACGGUGAACAACAACUCGUCGCAGAACAUGGUCACGAACAACAACCAGACCUACAAUACGGACAGCAGCAACCACCACAACACGACCGCACCGCAGGGCAAUACAUACAACACCCAUGCGACCGACUCGUGCAACACUCAUACCAACGUCCACCAGAAUGCGACAUCGGUCCGGCACUCCGCCUCAACCAACAACGGCGGACGAGGAGACGUUCGCCAGCCUAGCGAGUCCAUGCCCAUCCGUGAACAGCUCUACACCACCGCCAAGAAGUACAAGGCGAACGAGUGGUCAGCCAAGGUGACCGUCACACACGAGAAAGUGCCGAACGACCGCCCCUGUUAG